GUGUCUAAUUCCCUUCCGGCUUACAUGAAAAUAUCUUGAAGCACCUAUCGCUUAUCAGUAUCUCUCUUUCCCACACAAAACCUACCUACAUUUGUUGUUUGUAGGUAUUAUAUGCACCUCGGAAACGACUUUGCCAGCGUCAAUCAACCAACUGUAAGCAGAGACUUUGAGUUGACCUGUGCAGAGUCAUAUCCCAGAACAUCAGGAGGAAAAGAAGGAAGGGGCAGUUUCAACUAAUGGCCUCUGACAGGGAGAUUUUUAGUCUUUCAGGACCACUGAAGUUAACUGUGAUCGAUUGGACAAAUGCCCAUCAUAGGAGGUCCAUUGCGGCUAGCUUGGUUCAGGGUGUCUACAUUCUUGAACGUGAUCGGCAGGAGAACCGGCAAAGCGCAAAUGCUCUUGCUCCUCCUUGGUGGGAAUUCUUUAAUUUCCAGCUGGUCCAUGUGCUUGUGGAUCCUGAUGAUCUAUCGUUCUUUGGCUCCAUUUAUGAACUGAGACUACCUCAUUCCUCUUGCAACUAUUUGGCUCAAACUCCUCCCAAGUACGUGGUUGCUUUCAGAGGCACAAUCACUAAACCAGGCAGCAGGUCACAGGAUCUCAAGUUGGAUCUCCAGUUCAUGAAAAACAAACUUCAGCACAGCUCCCGUUUCCACCUUGGGUUGCAAGCUGUUCAGAACAUUGUUUCUAAAGGUGGAGGUGCCAAUAUCUGGUUAGCUGGUCACUCUUUGGGCUCAGCAAUAGCGUUACUUGUUGGAAGGAAUAUGGUUAAGUUGGGUUAUCAUCUUGAAACAUACCUGUUCAAUCCACCUUUCGCUUCUCUUCCACUCGAAAAGAUAAAGAAUGAGAAGUUGAAGCAUGGCGCCCGCAUUGCAGUGAGUGUCAUCACUGCUGGGCUUGCAGCUGCGGUGAAGCUCAACAGCCAAAAGCCACAUCAGGACGAUGAAUUUCGUGUUUUGUCUGCUUGGAUACCGUACUUGUUUGUCAAUCCAUCUGAUCCUAUUUGCUCCGAAUAUAUUGGGUAUUUUACACACAGGGAGAAGAUGAUGACAAUUGCCGGCGGCAAAAUUGGAAGGAUUGCAGCACAGAACUCCAUUGCGAGUAUCAUAUCCACUGCUAGGGGGAAUAAGAGCGAAGCGUGUCAUCUCCUUCCUUCUGCAUAUGUAACGACUAAUCUCGGCCCUUGUCAAGAUUUUAAGCAAGCUCAUGGAAUUCACCAAUGGUGGAGACCAGAUCUUCGUCUCGAGUACAAGCUGCAUCAGUACAGAUGAAAUUUGUUGAUUUUGAAGGAAACGACCGACAACUCCUUUUGGGGAACCUGAGUCAAUUGCUAGUCUGUGUUGGUAAAAAAAGACUAGCGUGUUCUUUGUCACAUUCAUCUUGCGAUUUG